GCUCCCGGCCGGGCCCGGCACGCAGGGCCGGGCAGGGCAGGGCAGGGCGGGCACCCGCUGCCGCCCCCGCCCGCCCCGGCAUCGCCCCGGCGAGCGGGACGGAGGCAGCGGCCCGGCCCGGCCCCUCGGCGGCUGGCGGGAAGGAGAAAAGGAAAAACACACAAAACCACCCGACUGCCGGAGGAGACGCCCUCCGCUUGGGCUCGCCCACGGCCGGCGUGGCAGCCAGUGCUGCCCGCCCCGAAGCGCGCCCGGAGGCGGCCCGCUCCCCGCCGGAGGAGGAGGAGGAGGAGGAGGAGGAGGAGGAGGUGGUCCGGGAGGAUGCUGGCGGGGCUGGGGCGGGCGGCGCGGAGCUGCUGGCCGCGGGGCAGGCGGGAUGGCCGCCCGCCGCCCUCAGCGCCUCAGGUGCUGCUGUGGAGGCAUGCUGGAGCUUGGAGGGGCCAGGCGGGAGCACCUUACAGCGCGCUGGUGCCAUCUGACGAAGUAACUAUUAAUUACAGACACAGUCUUCCUGUGAUAACUCUUACGCUGCCCACAAGAAGCGAACGCUGCCGGUUCACUGUUAAGCCAAUGGUGACCACCGUAGGGGCAUUCCUGCAGGAUGUGCAGAGAGAAGAUAAAGGAAUUGAGAAGGCGGAAGUGUUUGCGACAGAUGGUAGCAAGGUCUCUGAUGCAACCUUGAUGGAGGUCUUACUGAUGAAUGACUUUAAACUUGUUAUCAACAACACAGCAUACAGUGUGUCACCUCCUGUAAAAGGUAAGCUGAGUAGUGAGCAUGCUACUGAAAUGGAAGAUAUCAAAUCCUUGGUUCACAGACUGUUUGUGGCUCUGCAUUUAGAAGAUCACCAGAUCAGGAAAGAGAGAGAAUUGCUGCAGAAGCUGGACCAUCUGAAAGAAGAGCUGCUGCCUCUUGAACAGAUGAAAUCCAAAAUCAUGGACAGUACAGAUGCAAAGACCUCCAGGCUUCUAUGGAUUGGCUUAGCUCUGAUGUCAACACAAGGGGGAGCAUUGGCAUGGCUCACAUGGUGGGUCUAUUCAUGGGACAUCAUGGAGCCAGUCACAUACUUCAUCACUUACGGGAGUGCCAUGGCUUUCUAUGCCUACUUUGUUCUUACUAAACAGGACUACAUUUACCCUGAUGCUAAAGACAGGCAGUUCCUCCACUACUUCUAUCGGAAAUCCAAAAAGCAGCAUUUUAAUGUGGAACGAUAUAACAAGCUGAAAGAAGACCUAGCAGAGGCAGAAGAAUCCCUGAGGCGCCUGCGGCAACCCCUGCACCUGAGGCUUCCCAUCCAGGAAAUCAAUGAAAAGGACUGACUUUGGUUUUGUAUAUAUUAGAAUUGCCUUUUCAAAGCCAAUAUGAACACUUAGUUACUCUACAGAAACUGGAUAUUUUUGAUCACUAUAGUUUUGAAAGUUGCAAUAAAAAUCUAUUAAAAUUA